ACGCGAGCAGGUCUGGCGAGAGAGGGGUCUGGCGCACGCGACUGGGCGCCGGCAGGAGCGGCGGGCCCCAAGAGGACCGCGGACCCCCCCGCCAGACGGCGCCUGGCGGCACGCCAUGCCACCGCGUGCCGAGAGGCACGGCGUCGGAUCUUCCUCGCGGUCGCGGUGGUAGCGAAUGCGGGGCGGGCGGUGCUGGCCUCGGACCGCAGCACGCUCCCGGAGCUGCUCACGUCGCUGGGGAUGAGCAGCAGGGAGGACCUAGAGGGGCUCUGGAGCACGGCCGAGGGCCUCCACAACAGGACCCCCGCCACCUUCACCGCGCGCCUGCGGCGGAACGUGCUCCGCUUCGGCGCCAGCACGGCCGCCCCGCCGCCCGCGGCGGUGCCCAGGCAGAGCUGCGAGAGGGGGGGCCCGGAGGAGCGGGACGACUCGGAGGGGGCCGCCCGCUUGCUGGACAAGCUGGAGAGGGAGCGGUGCUUCUUCAUCCUGCCCGAGGAGGUGGUCGGCCAUUGCUACCCGGCGAGGGCAGGCGAGGCCAGGAGACCCUGGCAGCCGGCGCCAGCGUGCCCGUGGCGGCUGAUCGUGCUGGACCUGCGGCCGCGCGCGGACUUCGACGCGGCCCGGUUGCCCGCCGCGCUGCACUUCGACCCGCUGCGGGCUCCCGCGGGCGCCCCGCCCGGCGGGACGUGGGCCGUGGGGAGGA